CGAUCGUGUGUUGGUUUCAUCACCUCCCGAGUUCGACAUACAGCGUGUCUUUGUGGAUUCCGAGGAAAGUCAGCGACCACGUCCGACCACGACUUACCACAAAGACCUGCGACAUGACUGUUGAGGCCACUUACACGGCGCAUGGCCACAAGUGGAACCAUGGCAAUGACAUCGAAAAGCAAGCCGAGGGUGGUGAACUUCGAGCAAGGAAUGGCUCUGUCGCCGUCGGUUCCCCCGAGGAUGCGUCUCCCCGUGAGGCGUCAGCAGAGGAAACCAAGCAGAACAACGAUAAAUCCUCCGUCGUGAAAGCUCUCGGCUGGCUGGACAAACUCCUUGCUCUCUGGAUCUUCCUCGCCAUGGCCAUUGGCAUCAUACUUGGAAACUUCGUGCCUGGAAUAUCAGAGGCUUUAGCAAAGGGACAAUUCGUGGGCGUCUCAGUGCCAAUCGCUGUCGGACUGCUCGUCAUGAUGUAUCCCAUCUUGUGCAAGGUCCGCUAUGAGACACUACCCGAAGUGUUCUCACAUCGCGGCAUCUGGAAGCAGAUUGGGUUCAGUGUUUUCAUGAACUGGGUUGUAGCCCCAUUCCUGAUGCUCGCCUUGGCCUGGAUGUGCCUUCCAGAUAAGCCCGAACUACGCGCGGGACUUAUCCUUGUUGGUCUUGGUCGCUGUAUUGCUAUGGUACUCAUCUGGACCGAUCUUGCAGCUGGUGAUGGCGAAUACUGCGCCAUACUAGUCGCUGUCAACUCGAUCCUGCAAAUGGUCCUCUUCGCCCCAUUGGCAGUCUUCUUCAUCCGCGUCAUCAGCAGGGAUUCGGACACAAUCGACAUCCAAUACGACACAGUGGCCACCAGUGUCGCCGUCUUUCUCGGCAUCCCGCUCGCCGCCGCAAUGAUCUCCCGCUUCGCCCUACGCAAGCUGUUCGGCGGCAAGUGGUACGACGGUGUCUUUCUGCGUUUCGUUGCGCCCUGGUCGUUGAUCGGCCUGCUAUACACAAUCCUUGUGCUCUUCGCGUACCAAGGCCGUCAGGUCGUUCACCAGAUCGUCUCGGUGUGCCGCGUAUCGGUCCCGCUGAUCAUCUACUUUGUCGUCAUCUUCUUCCUGACGCUCUGGAUAACAUGGCGUCUCGGCUUCAACUACGCGCUCAGCACGACGCAGAGCUUCACUGCUGCGAGCAACAACUUUGAGCUUGCCAUUGCAGUUGCAGUGGCCACCUUUGGACCACAUAGCGACCAGGCGCUCGCGUCCACGGUCGGGCCUUUGAUCGAAGUGCCCAUCAUGCUGGGGCUUGUGUAUGCUGUCAAGUGGAUUAGGCGGAGAUGGUGGAAGGACUGAUGUGUUGGCCCUGCUCAUGGCAAAUAUCCUCGGUGUUGCCUCUGAUACAGCGAUCGUUAAUUGUCGACAUGUCGCUCUGAUUAUAG